AUGGAAACAGCUUUGGAGUUACUCGGAAGCCCUCUGAAAAUCGAAAAAUAUUUAAUUAAGCAAGAAGGAUUGAAGGAGAGUGCAAUCCGCGAUUUACAAUCUUCAAAAAUUCAAAGUGGCUGCAAAGCUGCACGCGUUUAUGGCCUACCACGAACAAGUCUCCAGGGGAGGCUCAAAGGGAGGCGGCCAUUGGCAGAAUCAAAUGCUACAAAGAGGAAAUUGACUUCUACUGAAGAGGAAACACUUAUUAAGAGGGUCCUUUCUCUAACAAAGCGAGGAUAUCCUCCCCGGCCUAUAUUUAUUGAGAACUGGGCCAAUCUUCUACUUGCAAAUCGAGGAUCGGACGGGCCAAUUGAACGCGUCGGUAUAAAUUGGAAAUCAACCUUUAUUAAUCGCCAUCCUGAAGUCAAAAGUGUCUAUUAUCGAGGUUUCCAUUACCAGCAAGCUAAAUGCGAAGAUCGAAAGGUUAUCCAGCCCUGGUUUGAACUUGUUCGCACCACUAUUGCUGAGUAUGGCAUUGACUCAAGCGAUAUCUACAAUUUUGAUGAAACAGGCUUUGCAAUGGGCCUUAUCAAAAGCGCAAAGGUUAUAAUAGGUGCAGAGACAACUAAUAAGGAAGCUUUUGUAUUACAACCUGGAAAACGUGAAUGGGUAACUGCUAUUGAAGCAGUUAAUUCAACUGGGACGCGUACUGUGGGAAGAUAUCGGCUUUUUAUAUUGGAUGGACAUGGCAGUCAUUCUACACCUGAAUUUGAUACCACCUGCAUUGAGAAUAAUAUUAUAAGCCUUUGCAUGCCCGCUCAUACAUCACAUCUAUGCCAGCCACUUGAUAUUUCUAUAUUUUCACCACUAAAGAAGUCAUACUACAAGCAUAAUGGAUUUGCAGCCACAGGACUUAUCCCGUUGAACCCUGGACGAGUGCUAGAAAAGCUGAAUAUCCAAUUGAAGACUCCAACGCCGCCUGGCAGUAGUCAUGGAACUUCGCAGUCGCAGUCCUCCUGCUUCCAAACACCUUCUAAUCCUCAUGAAUUAAAGCAGCAUUCAAUAGCGGUAAAGAAGAGACUUGAUCCAUUAUUCUCCAGUCCUUCAAAUCCGACCCUUGUCAAACUGAAUCAAGUGUAUAAAAGCUGUGAGAUAGCAUGGCACAAUGCUACUCUUUUGGCACAGGAAAAUAUGGAACUACGCACCGCAAUUCAAAAGGAGGACCAAAAGCACAAGCGGACUAAGAAAGUGAUUACAGAGGAAGCUAGCCUUAUCAGAGGAGAGGCCCAAAGCUUUAUAGAUGAAUCUAAUGCUGCAAAUCAGUUAGCAGCAAGCCUUGUCAGUGUGGAGGAUGGAUUACCACGCAGACGCGCACCGCCCACGUGCAGUGACUGCCAUAGAAUUAGUCAUACCCGAAGGCAAUGUCCUAAUCGCACUAGUUAG